CCCUCAUUUUAUAGACUGGGAAAGAGGCUUAGAAGACAUGAAGCGACUUGCCCAGGGGAACACAGCUGGAAAAAGGCCAAGCAGAGAGUAGAGCCAGAUGUCUCUGACUCCAAGUGCAUUUGCAGUUUGCUCGGCUACUACCUGUGAUGGCCGGAGGUGAAUCUAGAGGUGGGAAGGAGCUUGUCAGCCGGCCACUGCCCCCUUCCAGAAGUGAACACAGUGAAACGUAUGACAGUCGUGCACUGUCAGACCCCAGAGGAGCACCAGAAUGGACAUGAGAGAGACAGCACGUCAUCUGAGACUGGCCACACCCCAAGGCAUUGUCAUGGGGCUUCAGCGAUGCAUUUUGCUCUUGGGGCCGCUGAUGCUGCUGGGGCCAGGGAUCACCCAGGCUGGAGGGUCUCCUGAAGAGAACGCUUCGGAAGAGGAACAAUGGCCAAAGUUGAUGAUACUGAAGAAUUUGCCAUUCUCAUGUGACCCGAAGAAGUUAGGAUCCCAUGUGCCAUCUGAGUCAGUCCACUCUCUGAAACCUUCUGAUAUUAAAUUUGUGGCAACCAUUGGCAAUAUGGAAACAUUUCAAGGAUCAGUCUACAAGGAGCAGAAGCUCAAAUGGACUGGGCAGAGGCCACAGGAGGUGUGCCAGCACAUGGUGACAGUCCUUUCAGAUGUCAUCAGAUAUUUCAAUCCCUCUGUCCUGAGGCCCAAGUGUGUCCCUGAAAGAGAAGUGGUGCCCCACAAUGGAAUUAUAGACUUGCAGACUCAGGCCACGGAACUGGUGAAGAGCAUGAAAGUAAACCAGCAACUUGACUUUCAAAAUGACUGGAAGCUCAUCAAUGUGUUCUUCAGUAAUGCCAGCCGGUGUCAGCUGUGUGCCCCUGCCCAACAGCAGAGUUUCGUGUCAGAUGCCAUGGACAAGCUGACUGAAACCCUGGACUACCUGUACCGUGAGGUGCCCAAAGCAUUUGUGAACCUGGUGGAUUUCUCUGAGGUUUUGUGGGAUUCUUCCUUGUAUCUGGGGCCUCAGCUCAGCCCUGAAGCAGAGUCCUGCGGGUGCUCAGUGGAGACCUCGGUGCUGUCCAGGGCUGUGACGCAGUGGACCUAUCAGGAAGCCUGGCAUCACCUCCUGGCCUCCAGCAGGUACAAUGAGCAAGACUCCUUCGCCCUGGUCUUCCAGCCGUUCUUCUAUGAGGCAGACCUGACCCCCCUCUGGGAGAAACGGCCACUGCAGGAUCCCACCACACUGGCCUUGCAUCUCUGGGAUAAUAUGAUGAAGCCCGUGGAAGAGAAAGAUGAGACACUGAGUACAAGAGAGCAGAACACUGUGAAAUGUCCCCCUCAGGAGUACCCCUAUCUGUUCACCUACAGGAACAGUGACUACCCACCCAGGUUGCUACCAUUCAACAAGACACUUGAGCAAGAAGAGGGAGUACAACUCGAGUGUCACGACAGGAAUCCCUCCAGGGAUGUCCCCACAUCAGUUCACAGUCUGAGGCCUGCUGACAUCAAAGUCAUCGGAGCCCUGGGCGACUCUCUGACGGCAGCGAAUGGGGCCUCUGCUCAGGAUAUCCUUGGUCUGACGACUGAGUUUCGAGGUGUGUCCUGGAGUAUCGGCGGGGACAGGAGCCUGCAGGCGGUGGUCACCCUGCCCAACAUCUUCCGAGAGUUCAACCAUAAACUGAGGGGCUUCUCCAUUGGCACUGGGAAGGAAAACUCCCCCACAGCCUUCCUAAACCAGGCUGUGUCAGGAGCCAAAUCCACGGGGCUAAUGGCCCAGGCCAGGCAGCUGGUAACCCGGCUGAGGAAUGACAAGGAUAUAGAUUUUCAACAAGAUUGGAAGAUAAUAACCAUAUUUAUAGGAGGCAAUGAUCUCUGUGCUUUCUGCAAUGACCCGCAAUUUCAUUCUCCUGAACAUGUCAUGUUCAACGUCCGGAAUGCUCUGGACAUCCUCCAUACUGAGGUUCCUCGGACAUUUGUGAACCUGGUAAAUACGAUGGAGAUUAUCUGCCUGAGGGAGCUGUACAAGGAGAGGAGGCUCCGCUGCCCACUGCAACUCAUGGCCAGGGCCUUGUGUUCCUGUGUCGUGAAGCCUGUAGAUGACUCCGCAGAACUUGCUCUCCUCGCUGACAUGAGCAAGAAGUAUCAGGACCAGGCCUACGAGCUGGUGGACAGUGGGCGCUACGACACGGGGGAUGAUUUCACAGUGGUUGUGCAGCCGUUGUUUGAAAGACUUGUCUUGCCGAGGAGCCAGGGGUUACCUGACAAGUCUUUCUUUGCGCCUGACUGUUUCCACUUCAGCAAGAAGGCUCACGGGCGUGCAGCCAGCGCCCUCUGGAACAACAUGCUGGAACCUGUUGGCCAGAAGACAAAACAGUAUAAUUUUGAAAGCAUGAUCCCUCUCUCAUGUCCAGCAGAGAACCAGCCAUUUCUGCGCACCUACAAGAACAGCCUGGAGGAGCACGGGAGUUUCCUGCGAUGCAAGGACACAGCUGCUUCUGCCUGGCCACCCGACUCAGUGCAUUCCCUGAAAGCUGCAGACAUCAAAGUUGUGGCCGCUUUGGGGGACUCUCUGAUCGCUGGCAGUGGAAUUAACUUCAGAGCAAAUGACUUUGACAUGCAGUAUCGUGGGCUGUCAUUCAGUGCAGGAGGGGACGGCUACCUGGAGAACGUGAGCACCUUAGCCAAUAUUUUCCGGAAGUUCAACAAAAAUCUCAUAGGCUUCGCGGUGGGCACGGGUGACGUCAAUAGCCAAAAUGCCUUCUUCAAUCAGGCUGUUCCUAACGCCCUGGCUAAGGAUUUAAAGAAUCAAGUUCAGGCUCUGGCACAGAAGAUGAAAACUGACCAUAGAGUCAAGCCUAAUGAAAGCUGGAAGGUCAUCACGGUGAUGAUUGGAGCCAGUGAUUUAUGUGAAUUCUGCAAGAAUCCGGACGAGUAUUCUGCAGACAAAUUUUUGACCCAUCUCCGUGAGGCCUUGGACACUCUGCGUGAAAAGGUACCCAAAUCCCUGGUCAACCUUGUGGACUUCAUGAACCCCAGCAUCGUCCGGCAGGUGUUCCAGGACAACCCAAGCAAGUGCCCAGUGAAGCAGGCCAGCCAAUUAUGUCACUGCGUUCUGACCCCAAAAAAGAACUCCAAAGCUCUGCGUGACUUGGUGGCCAUGUCUGAAGCCUACCAGAACAGCCUGCGUACGCUGGUGGGGUCAGGCCGCUACGACAGUCACUCAGACUUUGCUGUGGUGCUGCAGCCCUUCUUCAGCCACGUCCUGCCCCCCCUCAGGAUGGAUAACAAAGUGGAUCUGUCCUACUUCAGUGCAGACUGCUACCACCCUAGUCAGAAAUUCCACUCCCAGCUCGCCAGAGGCCUUUGGACCAACAUGAUUCAACCACUGGGAAGUAAAACAGACUCCUUAGAGGUGAAAGAAAAAAUCCUCCUCCAGUGCCCCCCUGAGAAAAAAUCCUUCCUGAGCACGGCCCAGAACAGCAACUACAAAUACCCGCCCCCCAAGCAACUCAACCAGAAUUGGGGUAGUGACUUCACAUGUCAGCAUCUGAAGCCUUCCAAAACUAUUCCCACCUCAGUCCAUCAGCUUCAACCCUCAGACUUCCAUGUGGUGGCCGCCUUGGGUGACUGGAUGACAACAGCUGAGGGAGCCCAGCCAGGCAUCAGUCAGGCCAUAUCCUGGAGGGGACUCUCCUGGAGCAUUGGGGGGGAUAAAGACUUGGCGAACCAGACCACACUGCCCAAUAUUCUGAAGAAGUUCAACCCUCUCAUCUUUGGGUCCUCCAAAGGUACAUGGAAAGAGAUGGGAGGUCUGAAUGUGGCAAUGGAAGGGGCCCGAGCUUGGAGCCUGAUGGCCCAGGCCAAGUACUUGAUAACACUAAUGCAGAGCAGUCCGGAAGUCAAUAUGAAGAAAGACUGGAAGCUGAUCACUCUCUUCAUUGGGAUCAAUGACCUGUGUGAUUACUGCGCUAACUGGAAUGCCCACGCAGUGAGCGACUAUGCUCAGCAUAUCGAAAAGACCCUGGACUAUCUCUCAGACAAGCUUCCAAGGACUUUCGUCAACUUGGUGGAGUUAAUGGACAUAGUUAGCCUGUAUGAGAACCGAGGACAGGACUGUACUUUGUCCAAAUGUGCUUGCCUCAAAGUCACCCCAAACACCCCAGAGAUGGAGCAACUGAGAAAAAUGAACCAAGCCUUCCAGAGAGCCGUCGCCAACUUGAGCUCCUUACAAAAGUACCAAAGGGAGGACUUUGCGGUAGUGGCGCAGCCUUUCUUCCGAAAAUCAGUUUUCCCGCGGAACGAAGAAGGGCAGGCUGACCUUACCUACUUCUCCAAAGACUGUUUUCACUUCUCGUCACGUGCGCACGACCAGAUGGCCAUCGCACUCUGGAACAACAUGCUUGAACCACUGGACAGUAAGACGACCUUCAGCGACUUCACCUACAGCCGAACCAGCCUCAAGUGCCCCUCUCCAACGCACCCCUACGUCUGCACCUACAGCCUCAAGAAAACUAAAGCCUCCUCUAACACCGCCUGGUUCAGCUGGCUCCUGCCACUGUUGAUAAUUCUCCUCCUCAUCGCUAUAGGCUGCGGGAUAAUGGCAUUUAUAGUCUGGAGACGUGUCCCAGGAAGUGAGCCGAUACCUGGGCCUAGACCUGGACCUCAGCCUGGCCUGGCCCGUCGCCGGAGAGCAGCAGCCCAAGCCUGAACAAAUGGGCUUCUAGACUUGACGUGUGCUUAUCCUAAAUUCCCAGCCACCAGGAAGAGCAUUUGUUUUGACACUGGUGACAUAGGAAGCCAAAGGGACAGUCACAACUUCCUAGGGCCUAUGCUCCUGAAAUUGACAAAUUUAAAUAAAGGCCAAAGUUUUUCUA